AUGGAUGGAGUGUUAGAGGCUAGGGACGGAAGACGCUCACUACCUAGAAUUGUCGAUUUGAGGAAAUUUGACUCCAAAGUCACGGCUGAUCGAAACUUGGGAGGCGGUCGGCGACAAGUAUCUGGCCGCAGGCGUGCCGAUGCAAGGUUGUUCCCCAGCUUUGGGAUGUUGCAGAACAGAAAAGACAGAGAACAAGGUUCUCUAUGGAAUCCAAAGGCUGCUGGUGAACGAAAAGCACUACGUUCGCUCGUCAUUCUUCUGCUAGAGGCCUUGGCCAGAGCCACGAGAAGCGGAGGGGGAAAGUGCAGUAGGAAAUUGCAGUCUUCCAGCGGAGAUCAAAAGGAAUGUAAUGGCGGCAAUGGCAAUCACAACCAAAGGACCAUUAUGUCUGAGUUGGAAAGGUGUGAGGAAGCUCAGAAAGAGAAGGUUGAUGAAAAUCAACCAGAAGGUAGCAGCUGUGAGAAAAAGGCAAGCCACAACCCAGUCAUGGGCGCGUUCGAUGCUGGUAUAUUUGCCAUGGUUAAAGGCCCAGAAAAUCCGGCAUGA